GCCAUCGCUCCCAGCUCACUUAAAUUUUGUGAGGCUGAGAAGGUAAUUACCAUGGGUCUUAGAGAAGAGGAAAUUGAGGUUCAAAGAAGCUUAAUUGAAUCUUGGGCCGUGGUCUCUGGAUUCCUCAUUGACGUAUGCAACCAGAGUCAACAGUGAUGGAACAAAGCAUCUGACCCGGAACCUUCCAGGAAUGGCCUCAUGUCCUGUUGAGCAACUUUCCGGAGCCACUGUGUCAGGGUGGUGCCUUAUAACUGACACAGGAGCCCACAGGGGCAGUUGGAGCUGGAAUCCCUGAAGGAUGAUGCUUUGGGGGCUACUGUGGACGCUGUUUUUUUCAGGACUCCAAGCUGCUGCUCAGUCAAAAGAGGAAAAGUAUGUCUUACAAGAGGGGGAGACCCUGACAGUGGACUGUCCCUCCAACAGGAAGUAUGCCUACAGCCAGAAGGCUUGGCAGAGGUUGAGGAAUGGGGAGGAGCCCCAGACACUGGCUGUCACAGAAAGAUCUCAGGGGACACUCAAUCAAAUCCAGGUGGGGAGGUACAUUCUCAGAGAUGACCCUGCGGAGUCCAUGUUUCAGGUCCGAAUGAUCAACCUUCAAGUGGAGGACUCAGGACUGUAUCGGUGUGUGGUCUACUAUCCUCCUCCCAAGGAGCCUGUCCUCCUGUUCCAUCCUGUCCGCCUGGUGGUGACCGUGGAUCCUUCAACUAAGCGUACUUCUGACAAGAAUUCUACCCCUAAAUUGGCUCCUACUACCAUCCGUCCCACCACCCUUCCUACCACGAAGACCCUGAGAACAUUCUAUACCAGCUCCAGAACGGUGGUCCAAUCCCUACCCAUGUCAACAGCUGUCAUCCCCCCGAACACCACAGUCAACCCCACAGAUGCCAUCAGCUCACCCUCUUCGUGCCUUGGACAACGAAGUGACGAGGAGAGGAAAAUCCCAGAUCUCAUUUCUCAAGGUUUCCAUGACUUCCCAAUAGUGCCAAUGUGGGGACCAAGCCUUUAAUACGUGGGACUUUGGAAAACACCUCAGAUCCAAACAAUAGCAGCAAAGAGCCGCUGAGUUGGCAUGAACACCUUGCUUUACAGUUGUUAUUAAAUGCUGAUUUAUCUUAGAACGUGGUAUCAUUAAAUAUUGAAUUAACAGAGAAAGAAAUAUUCUUCCAUAUUCCCACUGAUGAUGUCUUUCCCCCGUCUUCUCACCUGAUCCUCAUUCACGCUUCAUAUUUCACAUGGUGCUAAUUCUAAUUAUACACAUUGCAUCAUUUUUCCUGCUCCGAUUAUCCUUCAAUGUUGUUAUGUAGUCUUCCUCAAAUUAGAAUUUCAAUGGGCACAUACUUUUCUGUCCAUUGGAAAAAUCAUCAAGAACCUAGUCAUUUGCCUAUUCUUAGUCAUUGAUGUUGUCAUCAGAAAAUCAUUUAUUCAAACAAAAUUUCCAUGAGAGAAUUUGAACACGUGUAUCAUUCUGCAUCCACGUCUUAUGGAUAAAUGGUCUUCCAAAGGAUCGGACAGAAUUUGCAGGUGAUCCAUAAUGCAUAGGUGCCACCGCAGGUUGCCAACGUGGGUUUAGUGUUGUAACAAUAUUCCUGCUGGAGCUGGGGCCAUAACUCAGUGGCAGAGCGUGUGCUCAGCAUGCGCAAGGCCCUGGGUUUAAUUCUCAGCAUCAAGGGGAGAAAAAAAUUCCUGGUAACCAUCUUCACUUCUUCAUUAAUGUGGACUCCUGCUCCAGGAAGGUAGAGACAGUGAUUUUUCUGUUUAAUGUUGGGACUAAAUUUAUUUCCUCUUUACAUAUCAUUACCACAUUACCCAUGAUGCAGUGUGUGUACUAGGUAACAUAUUUCCUUACUUUCUUAAUUUCUACAUUAUUAAAAGGAUUACCCAUAGUCUGGAACUGGUUAACUUACAGGAUGUAGGUCAGCUGGAGAUCAGCUACUCAGUUUCCAUUCUUAUGAGAGUGGGCAAUGACUUAUUUAUCUUCCUCCUUAUGUAGUUUUACUCACACAGCCUGAGUGCCUGGUACAUAAUAGGUGCUCAUUUAAGCUUUGUGGAUUAAAUAAAAUAAUCUAGUGUGAGUUAACGCUUUUCUGUCUUCACUACUUUUACUUUUCAAUAGGUAGAGAAUGUGGGCAUCUUUGCCCAUAUUCCUAGAAGAGACUGUACCUCUUUUUACCUGUUAACUCUAUUAACUAAUAUUAACUAUUCUGCUGGUCAGAAGUCACCGACAGCUGUUUGAGAAAGAAGGAGUGGUUAGCCCUGGUGACGAAAGAGUGGAGCCCCCAACCUGGGGGUGGUGAGGCCCUGGAGGGGGGGAUCCGAGCAUCCUGUCUCAGGGUUACUGUGUGAGGGACAGGCUGUGGGAAAAACAGUCAUGUUCAAAUGUUUUAGGAAGUGAUCACUGGCAGAGCCACUAAGGAAGUGGGACUGCAAAGGGAAGAAAAUAAGUGAGGUUUCACAGGGACAGCUUUGGUCUUUCAAAAAAGGUCUGGGUGACACGGAGGUGUCCCUAUGCUGGAAACCUCAAGUAUUGAUAUUUCCGCACUCACAGUCACUGGGUAGAGGGGCUCUAAGCAAUGAGCAGGGCCCAUGAAUUCCCAGGCACCCCAGGGCUCUGGGGACUUGUGUGCAGCCUCUGAAAGACAUGAGAUGAUGGCCCAGCGGGGGUGGAUGCCCCCCAGGAUCCUUGGGCAUGAAAACAAACAGCUCCAGGGUAUCAGGCAGAGCCCUAGGGAGGGAGUGGGGUGAGUGAAGCUCAGAAAUCAGGGCUCUCUGCAGGAAGGCUCUACCAGGGCAGAGGCUGGCAUCCUGGUGGGUACCGUUGCAACCAUGAGACAGACGCUGGCUUCCCUGUCCCCAAGGCCUGGCUGCUAGCACCACUGGUUGCUGAACUUGACUAGCAUCCUUGGGAACGCAGUCCCGGGUGAUACAGGACAAGGUGGAGACUAGGGUGGGUGUCAGCACAGAUGGGCAGUUUGCCUCUUGCUGGGAUGAUUCUGUCUGCUAGUUUGUACAUCCAAUUUUAAGUUUCGAAUGGAUAAUGUGUGCUGGUUUGAAAAUUAUCGCUUUGUUUUAUUCCUUAAAUGUGCUCAAUUCUGUUUCCUGGUGAUUUUUCUGUGGUUUUGUUUUUCAAUUUAUUUAAAUUUUCCAUCCAGGGCUGGGGAGUGGAAUUGAAGAAAGAUUACUCUUUCUUCCCACUGUUAUGAAACAGAUAGUUAUGAAAGAAUCCUUGCUUUGCCCACAGGGCUGCUGAUUCCCUUAGAUGUUAAAUUCUUAUAUAAUAUUACAGUGUUCUCUGGCCUCUGUUCCGUUGCUGCCUCUUCCUCCCCUUGUCCCUGUGUCUCAGCGGGUAGAGGACUUGCCUUGACAUCUGCUUCCGGAUCUGCUGAUGGGAUGCCCCUGUCCCUGCUCUCACUGGGUCUCUUUCUCAUGAUAUUUACUGAUGUCUACUUGGGACUUGUAGAAUCAUUUUGUUAACAUCUAGACAAAUCCGGGAUUGGAUUUUCUCUAGGAUUGGAUUCUUCUUGAUUUAUAAACAAGGAAACAGAGGCUAAAUGCAGGGGGUGGAGGUGGAGGUGGGGGGAGGGGAGGCAACCAUCCCAGGAAGCAGGCCACGGUGCUGAGGAUAGAGAUGAGCUGAGCUUUCCAGGCCCGGGGGCCCUCUCUCUCUGCCGCAUCCAAGGCAAGAUGAAGCUCACCUGGGCGUGAACCCUAUACUUUCACUAAACAUGUUUCUAAUGGGUUGUUUUAGGGAAUGGAGCGAAGGGCUUUGCAUAGGGCCAGACAGUCUGGGAAGCUGUGGGAGGAACUGAGCGGAUAAGAUGGGAACAUGAAGGAAUGUCUAAACCCUUGAGUGUGGGGUCCU